GUGAGCACGGACAUCACCGCUUCACUCGCUCCGUCAGAAGACACUUUUUAAAAAUACAUAAGUCCAACCGUCCACACUUUGAAGGCCUGGAGGCGGCUGAAGGUUAGACAUAAAAAUGUUGCCAUGGACACCAUCUGACAUCCCAUCACUGAGCUGAUGAGAUGAAUGACGUGUGACUGUCAGACUGUCAGUGAGAAACAUGGCUGCCAACCAACCACACCGUCAGGACUUUGCAGACUCUGAUCCAGACGACUCAUCAGAGGAGCUUGUCCAGGCCGUGUGUCUGGAAUCGGACCUGCAGGAUGGACAGAUGUUGGAGGUGGAAGUGGGUCACCACAGUGUUCUGCUGACCCGCAGUGAGGGUCAGUACAGCGCCACAGGGAACCAAUGCACACACUAUGGUGCUCCUCUCAGUAAAGGCGUGAUUUCAGGGCACCGUGUGCGCUGCCCGUGGCACGGCGCCUGCUUCAACGUGCACACUGGAGACGUGGAGGAGUUUCCUGGCAUGGACUGUUUACCCUGCCACAAGGUGAUGAUCCACAACAACAAGGUUUAUGUGUCAGUCAACAAAAAGACGUUAGAGCAGCAAAGAAGAAUGAAGAAGAUGGGGGCUGCUGUGUCAGGGGUCACUCAUACCAUGCUGCUGCUGGGGGGAGGGGUGGCGUCGCUGAUUUGCGCUGAGACCUUACGCCAGGAGAACUUUGGCGGGAGAAUUAUCAUGGUAACCAAAGACGAGCUUCUGCCUUAUGACAAGACACGACUCAGCAAGGUGAUGAACGUGGACAGUGAGAGCAUCCUGCUCAGGAGGAUGGACUUUUACCACAAAUACGACAUUGAAGUUCAGCUACAGAAGGAAGCGCUGUCUGUAGACACGAACGAGAAGACGGUGACAUUUGACGAUGGCUCUGUGCAGCAUUACGAUCAGCUGCUCAUCGCGACUGGCUGCAGAGCUAAAGGCCUGGACGUUCCCGGCAUGAAGCUGGACAACAUCAAGAAGUUGGAAUCACCAGAGGACGCACGCCAAAUCCACACCUCCUGUCUGGGCUGUGAUGUCGUCCUCGUGGGAACCUCCUUUGUUGGCAUGGAGGUGGCGUCCUAUUUGAUUGACAAGGCUUCCAGCAUCACGGUGAUCGGCACCAGCGAGCUACCCUACCAGAACACGCUGGGACCGGAGAUCGGCCGAGUCACCAUGACGAUGUUGGCCGAGAAGGACGUAACCUUCUACAUGAACGACAACGUCAGUGAAGUCAGGGGCGUGGACGGAAAGGUCAGACAGGUGGUGCUGAGGAGCGGAAAGGUCAUCCAGGCUGACAUUCUGAUCGUGGCAGUCGGCAUCCUCCCAAACACAGAGUUCCUGCGAGGAAGUCCAAUCAAGUUGGACUCCAGGAACUUCGUACAAGUGGACAAGCACAUGCGCACCAAUGUGCACGGCGUGUUCUGCGGGGGCGACGUGGCCACCUUCCCUCUGACCAUGGCACGGGACCGACCCGUCAACAUCGGACAUUGGCAGAUGGCGCAGGCGCACGGGAGGAUAGCAGCUCUCAACAUGCUAAACAAAAACCUUCCACUCAAGUCUGUUCCGUUCUACUGGACCGUGCUGCUGGGGAAGAGCAUCCGCUACACAGGCUACGGGGAAGGAUACACUGAAAUAGUCAUGAAAGGAAACUUCGAGGAGAGGAAGUUCCUUGCAUUGUACAUCAAGAACGAUGAGGUCAUAGCGGCGGCCAGCUUGAACUAUGACCCGGCGGUGUCUGCAGUGGCUGAGAGGCUGGUAUCAGGACGGGCCAUCACCAAGGACGAAGCUCUAUCUGACGACCUGAGCUGGCUGCAGUUGUCCUGA